AUGAGCGAUAUCAAGAAAUCACUCAAGGACACAGCCAAAGACAACCCUAGUCAACUCGGCGACCCGGUAUCUCUCAAGGCAGAGACAUCCAACACAGAGCCAACCGAGAAAGACCGUCCGAACAAGUCAGGCGAUGGACACAAGUCUCUCAAAGACCUAGCACAGCAGAACCCUACUCAGCUCGGCGACCCCGUGAGCCUCAGAGCCGAGACCAGCGACACAGAGCCAACAGAGAAUGAUCGUGGAGCAAGCAAGGCACACCCCGAAAAGACAGGAAAGCCAAAGUUGUGA